GAUAUUCCAUCGUUUAUAGUGAUUUUUAUAAUAAUUCAAGUGUUUAGCUAUUGUUUAGUAAUACUUAAUGUUAAGUGAAGAUUAUUUUAAGGUUGAAAUUUUAUAACAAUGUUACGGAGGUUAUCGUUGAUAAUUUUAUUUAUAGUGUUUACAAAUGCACAAAACGAAGGUGACAUUUGCUGGACGAAUGGAGUUGAAGGAAAAUGUAUAUUACGUAACAACUGCCCGUCUGUGUUAAUUGAUUUAAACAAGGGAAUAACGCCAGAGGUAUGUUGGUACGGGGUAAAGGGUGCGGUUGUUUGUUGUGUAGAAUCGUCGCCAACUGUCACAUCACCCAGACCUCACGCACUCACUACAACCAGGACAAAAAUUAGGAAGACACUAGUAAUACCGACAUAUGACUACAAGAUCGACGAUCGAUUCCUCAGCGAUUCUGUUUGCGAGCCGAUUGAUUCUGCAUUAACUUCACCUAAAACUGGACAGAAAGCUUGGGACAAAUGCAUAGAAUACCAGGAGAAGCUGGUCUAUCCCUGCAAGAAGAGUAACACGCUAUCCUGGGACAUCGGCGGCGUGCGAAUGGAGCGCGUCACCAGCUGCAACCAUGAUGCAGACCGUCUUAUUAUUGGUGGAAUUAACGCCACCAGCGGGGAGUUCCCACAUAUGGCAUUACUUGGAUACAAAAAACACGAAGAAGAUAUCCAGUGGUCGUGCGGGGGUUCUAUCAUAAGUGAGCGAUACAUACUGACAGCGGCACAUUGCACGUACAGCGUCGGCGUUGGUCGUGUGAAAUAUGCCCUAGUUGGUGUACUAAGUAGGUCUGAGAUAACGGAAGGCUCCCUGCGGUAUGACCUGGAGAUGCCUAUCAGACAUCCCUCCUACAAACCACCCUUGAAAUAUCACGAUAUAGCAUUACUGAAGACUACCACUGAGAUACAAUUAAGCGCUAAUGUAGUCCCGGCUUGUCUACACGUAGACGUUAGCGCGGACGACGCGCUCGCGCUGGCCUCAGGCUGGGGGUACACCAAGCACAGGGGCACAGUAUCUGAUGUCUUACAAAAGGUAAAACUAGAGAAGUUCUCAGAGCAGGAAUGUUUACAAAGGUAUCCAGGCAACAGAUAUUUGAGACAUGGGUUUGACCCUGACACUCAGAUCUGCUAUGGUGAUCACGACGAAUCCAAGGAUACUUGUCAGGGUGACAGCGGCGGUCCUCUACAACUGAAAAAUCAGAAGAUCAAAUGUAUGUACACUGUAGUUGGGGUGACUUCAUUUGGCUCGGGAUGUGGGUUGAUUGGCCAGCCAGGAGUCUACGUUAAGGUGACAGCUUACGUUCCUUGGAUUGAAUCCAUCGUGUGGCCAAAUGACACAUCGAGUACUUAAGUUAUUGCCUGUAUAAAGAAAUAAAGAUUUUAUCAACAAAA